GCAGAGGGUACAUCUCCCGCGGAAUGAUGGACCGGUACCUCGUGCCGGUACAGACGACGUGCGAGCGCAUCGUGCCCGGGAAGCCCAAGCCAAGCGCGCGCCUGCGCCAGACGAGGAUCGAGCACGGGACCAAGGUCGAGGUCGUGGAGGAGAUCCAGUCGCUGGCCCACAUCAUGGACGUCUGCGACGAGCAGGAGCUGCCGAUGCUGCUGCAGGAGCUCGACCAGCGCUUCAUCUCGCUCGAGCUCCUCGAAGAGACCGAGAUCGGGCAGUCGCUCGUGCGCAUCUACCGGCGCACCGAGUCCGAGAACGUCCGUGAAGUCGCGCGCUGCCUCCUGCGCAAGUGGAAGAAGACGGCGCUCGACGGCCUUCAGCGCCGGCAGAAGCGCGUCGAGGUCUUUGGCCGCAAUAUGAUCCAUUAACUGUAUAACUUACCAUUCUCUCAACCUC